UUCAUUCCUAAUGUGGAUGCCUUCGUGUGCGCCGUUCUUCCCGAAUCGCCUAAUAAAGUUGAGAAUUUCACUUCUGGUGGAAUCUUAUACCAUAAAGAUCUAAUGGGGAACCUGCAAAGUCCUAUAGCUUUGUCGUAUCUUAUACUUACAUAUGGAAGGUACUUGGAGAGAUACAAUAGUACCGGUGUGCUGUGUGGAGAGCUUCUCUUUCCGGGUUCUAAGCUUAUAGAUUUUGCCAAAUCCCAGGUGGACUAUGUCUUGGGAGAUAAUCCGAUGAACAUGUCGUAUAUGGUAGGAUAUGGUGAGAAGUAUCCACAAAGAAUACACCACCGAGCAUCAUCAAUGCCCUCCAUUGAAAA